UGGGUGCGUGAUGAAGGUAAUUAUGCAUUUUCUAUUUCGUAAAUAAAAUACUUGAAAAGUUCACAAGAACUUUUGAAAUGAAAAAAGUGCUUUAAUCACUUAAUUAUGUCAGUCGGGUGUUUAUGUAAACAGACAUUAUGUAUGCACUUCCUUACGUAUACAUUUCGUGUAUAAAAGGUGCACAGGACAUCCUCUGUCAAUAAAUUGAAGUUCUUACAUUCCGUCAUCAUCAACGUAAUGUUGUAUCGUCCGCGUUUGAAAAACGGCAAGUUGAUUCCACUCUCUUGGCCCGUUGCAGCCUAUCGACUCUUGAAUCAUAUUUGCUGGCCACUACGGGAUGACGCAAGCUACCUGCUGCGUCUGUACGACCGCUUCUUUUGGGCGUUCGGUUUCUUCAUAUUCAUGCAACACAACGACGCUGAGCUGCGUUAUAUAAUUGUCAAUAAUAAUAAUCUGGAUGAGAUGCUGAUUUGUGGACCGACUUAUCUGGUUCUAGUUGAGAUUCACUUACGUGCCUUUCAGUUGGGCUUAAAGAAGGAGGCAUUCAAGCGUUUCCUGCAGAAAUUUUACGCAGAAAUCUAUAUAGAUGAUUAUUUUAUCGUGUUUACCUUUAUCUUGCGCAGGUCAUCUCAUCCCAAACUCUACGCCAAUAUACAGAAAAGUUUGCGUCCAAUUUGGUUUUAUUCUCUAUUAUAUUUUAGCACUCUAUCGUCUUACGUAAUAAUGCCGGUAGUUAAUUAUCUGAAUAAUGUCAAAGCGCCGCUCUACAAAAUGUAUUACCCGUUCGAUAUCACGCCAAAUCCGAUUUACGUCGCCAUUGUAUUAUCGAACAUUUGGGUAGGUUUCACCGUGAUCACAAUGGUCUCUGGCGAGGACAACGUAUUAUCCGAAGUGAUGCUACAUUUAAAUGGACGUUUUCUGCUAUUGCAGCAGAAAUUGCGUCACGAUGCCGAGCGUUUGUUGCAUGUAGUAGGCGAUAGAAAUAUUGCUGAUGGACUUCGACGUCGGAUUAUCGAAGCCAUUGAAGAAAAUGUUCGCUUGUACAAAUUUGCUGAAGAUUUUGAACGUGAAUUCUCCUUUCGUAUUUUCGUCAAUUUGUCCUUUAGUGCCGGAUUGCUAUGUGUACUGGGCUUUAAGGUGUAUACGAAUCCGAUGGCUAGUUUCGGGUUCAUAUUUUGGAUCUGCGCUAAAAUUAUGGAAAUGAUUUUGGUUGGCCAGUUGGGCUCGGGGUUGAUUUACACAACUAACGAAAUGAGUUCCACUUUCUACGAAUGCAAUUGGGAGUUGGUUUUACUAAAGUCUGGAGAUACAAAAGCAAAUGUGCGUCUAAUGAAAACUUUGCUUUUGGCAAUCAGUACCAGUCAGAAACCAUUUGUCUUGACCGGUUUCAAGUAUUUCAGUGUCUCUUUGACUGCUGUUUUGAAGGUGAGUAGCACGGGUGUUGAACUUUUAUAAAAUGUUAACAUUGUUCUUUUAGA